UGAAAAGUUGUGCUUGCUUGAAACAAACCUCCGUGUUCCCGCAGCCUCCUCCCCUUUACUACAAGAUACGCGCGCUAGUGAAUCAUUCAUCACUCAUCACUCCAGCGCAAUGCAAGCUGAUGCUCAGAGUUUCUGUUAAAUGAACACCUCUGACUGAACUACCUUCAGUUUCUGUGCACUGGGAUCUGUUCAGGAUGACACCUCUCCUCAGCAACGCCUGCCUCAUCUUGCCUGUUGCUUUACAUCUGCUGCUUGUUCCCAGUCCAUGUUCUGCUGCUGCCACGAGGAAGUGCAGCUCCAUCUAUAAAGGGUUUGCCCACUGUCUGCUUGCCCUGGGAGACAGUCUCUCUGUCAGUACCCAAAAAGAUGAGGAUACGCAGGAGAUCGACUCCAUUUGCAAAUCCUGGGAUGAUUUUCACGACUGUGCAAAUGUGGCCAUGGCCGGCUGUCCCGAGGAGGCUGCUACGGUGUGGAAGUCUCUGAGACAAGAGUCCAAAAAGAUGCAGUUUUCUGGAAACCUGUAUGAGAUGUGCUCCAGUCGUAGCCAAUCCCAGAGCCCCGAUGAGACCAAUCAGGAGUCGUUAAAGGGACGCGCUAGUCAUAAAAGUCUGACCUUUCUGACCUUCUGUUUGCCUGUGCUACUACUGUUUCCAUGGAUAUAAUCACAUCUCAAGACUCACCUCAGAGUUCAAAUAUCCAGCACAUAUAGACAACGAUACUGACUGCUUUUGUUCUGACAUUUUCAUACAGAUCUCAUGUAGUACGAUAAGAUUCAU